AUGGCUGAUAAAAGUCCUCGUGCAACAGAAUCAACUUUGCUUGAGGAAUACUUACACCGUUUCAACUGCUACCCUUUUCAUAUCAUUCGAUACUCGGGAAUUUUUAGAUACGACAUCAGAGAUGAUCGAUUCGCGAAAGAUACAAACGUGUCGUUCCUUAGAACUACCUGCAUCUGUGUAUUAUUAGUCCUAUGCUGUUGCUUCUUCCUGUACUUAACGUUAACAACAGACUUCUUUACAACCGGUGAAUUGAUAAUGAACGAUGAGAAGUUGAAGAGAUUCUUUAUUAGAAAGACGUUUCUUAUCGAUAGUGUUGUCUGGAAACAUGGUUAUGACAACUUAGUUACGUUAGAUACGGAACGACUUCGUUCUGCUUUCAGCAUCAUGAUGAGAAUUAGCCGCCAAUUGAGAAAAUGCUACCAGUUUGUGCCCGAGAACAAAGUACGCUUACUAAUGAUAACAUUGUGGAUUCCUCUGAGUUGGAUAAUGAAAAUAUUGACUGGUUUGAUAGUCGAUAUUUUCUUGGAGCAAGUGGAAUCUACACAAAUGAUAUGCUCGUAUAUAAUGCUGCAACCGAGUCUGCCAGAUGAAGUACGAGAUAUCGCCGAAAGUAUAUUUCACCUGCUGGAAGUCAACGAUGUUAAAUUCUCGGUUUAUGGCGUUUAUGUAUUCAGCUCGAAUUCGGUUCUCAAAUCUAUGACGGCUCUUGUCGUCUUCAUUAUAUUACAGUUACAAUAUUCCUUUCCACCAAUUAACGAGUCCAUAGACUAUAACGACAAAUCGAUAUUUGUUAAUCGAACUAAUUUUUAA